ACCGAGAGUCAUCACUUCUUCACUUCGUAACGAACAUCCGGUGAGGAUGAACCUAAACAGUGAACUCGUCCUCGUCUUCCUGGCCCUAGCCUUGACGGCUGUCUGCGCGGAAUUCGUGCCGCCGCGGCCGUGUCCGUAUGCUGAUCCUAACACUGUAUCGAAUUGCACUGUUAACGAGGUGUACAUAAAUCCAUGUAAGGAAAUUGCGGACUCGAAACCAUGUAAACUAAAACGCGGGAUUACCUCAAAUAUGACUAUUCAUUUCACACCUAAUUUCACGUCGGACACAAUGACAGGUCGAGUAUUUUGGGCGAGUCAAUUGACGGAUAUCCCAUUCCUGGGAAUGGAUGCUAAUGCUUGUUUAUCGACUACGUGUCCAGUCAAGGCGGGCGAACGAAAUACUUUCUUUACGGAAAUACCAAUUUUAAAGAAAUACCCUGUUAGAAUGUAUGAUCUUAAGUGGAGAAUAUGGAAUGAUCAGAAUCAAGAGUGUUGUUUUAUGUACCAAAUUAAGAUAACAAAGUAAUUUAUUAUGCUCAAUUAAUUUCGAUAAGUUAAUCGAAUAAAUCCAUUAUUGAACCAACAAAA